AUGUGUCCCCGGAUGAAACGCACCUCUCGACCCGAUCUCGGCCAAUGGGAGAUUCGCAUUCGGUCCCGGUGCCGUUGGCUCGCGGCGCGCGAUUCGGAAAUCCGCUCGUUCCGUUCGACAAAAAAGUCGGGUGUUACGACGACGCAGUGUAUCGGCCGCGGGGCGGUUCCGAUACAUCGCAUCUCGGUUUCAUCGGCUUUCCGCCACACCGACACGCGCCCCGCUCACGAGGAGCGCGCAGGAACCGGAUCGCGAGCCAGCACUCGCGUCAGUUCAAGCGGCAACUCGCACGCAUCACCCGCGCUUGCGCCACUCGGAGCCGAGCGGUCGCAGACGCACGCGCGACUUUUCCGCGGAGUCUCGUCGAGCCAUCCGUCGGCGAGGAUGUUUCCCCGCGGCGUCAUCACGCCCGCGUCGCCCGCGGCCGCGAACGAGGCCCGCGCGCUGCUCGCGCCCGAGGAGGAGCGACUCCUCGAGUCGAACGCGUCCACUAAGCGCUCCGGCGCGCUGACGUGGACCCUCCGCGGCCUCGGCGCCGUCGCCGUGGUCUCCGGCGUCGUCGCCGUGGCGGCCAUCGCGCCGGGAGGCCGCGACGCCACGGCCGCGGUGCUCGCGCGCCUCGGAGGGCCCGCCACGGUGCUCGGCCGCGCUCCCGCGGUCGCCACCGUCCGCCCGGAGCCCCUUCCUAAGGAUGCCAAGGACGAGUACGCCAGGAAGCACGCGCACGAGGCCAAGUACCGCUCGGCCUCGGCGCGCGCGCGCGUCCCGACGAAGCGAUCUUCCGAUGAUGCCGCGGACACGUCCAAAACCGAUCCCGUCGAGGAGGUCGACCCGAGCGACGCCGACGUCGUCCCGGACGCCGGCGCCUCCGAUAAGCACCCCGCGCGCGUCAAGAGGCUGUCCUACGCCAACCCGCAGGUGCAGCACAUGACCGAGGAGAUGCGCGCCAAGGAUGCCGAGAUCGAGGCGCUCAAGUUUCAGCUCCGAAGGCAAGCGGAGGAGCUCGACGCACGCCGCGAAGCGUCGGGCGAGAUUGAUUCGCCCACGCCCGCCUCUUCGAAGGAGGAGGAGAAGGCCUCUUCCGCCUCUUCCGAGCGUCGCCAUCGUUCCUCCCGUUCCUCCCGUUCCUCCGAGAAGAAGGCGAAGGCUGUCGACGCGGCGGAGGAGACUUCGACGGGCGCGAUUUCGUCCGCCGCGCAUCACCUCGGCGGCGGCGAACCCGAGGACAUCCCCGAGCGCACCCGCGCCGAGGACAUCCCCGAGGAGACCCCCGACGAGGAGACCCCCGACGAGGAGACCCCCGAUGAGGAGACCCCCGAGGACGUCCCCGAGCGCACCCGCGAACGGAGCCCGCCCGAGGAGACCCCCGAGGAGACCCCCGAGGACGCCGAUUACGACCCAACCACCGGCGGCGAGGGCCCCCCGCUGGACGACCCCUCGCAGGCUCUCGAGAACUGCGAGGACGUGUGCGAGGGUCACGAUUUCACCGAAGCCGUGUGCGUCUCCAAGCAAGGGUGCGAGUGGGACGACGGCCAGUGCUGGUCCGAAGUCGGACCCAACCCCUGCGACUUUGUCGAGCCCGAAGCUCACGCGCACGAGAACUGCGAGCUCGUGUGCGAAGGGCACAACUACGGACUCAAAGAGUGCGUCGCCAUUCGCGGUUGCGAGUACGACGGCGGCGCGUGCUGGUCCGCCGUCGGUCCCCACCCGUGCGACUCGGGCCCGGAUCCGAUCGAGUUCCCCGACGACGCCUCCGGCGCGUGGGCCGCGAACAAACCCUGGGGCGACGCCUACGGCAACAAGUGGGGCGAGACUUACGGCCCCAAGACGGACGACGACGCGGGCGUCUUUGAGCCCGUCGCCGACGCCGCCGAGGCUGUCACCGAGGGCGUCGAGAACGCGGCGGAAGCCGUGGGCGACGGCGUCGAGGCUGCCGGCGAGGCGGUGAGCGACGGCGCGGAAGCCGCGGGCGAGGCGGUGACCGACGGCGCCGAGGCGAUCGGCGACGGCAUCGAGGACGUCGGCGAGGGCAUCUCGAACAUCCUCCCCCAUUUCGGCGAUGACGAGCCGGGAUCAAAGAAGGCGUCAUCCAAGAAGGCGUCCAAGGUGAGGGGGUCCGAGGCGACCGGCAAGCUCGGCAAGGACGAGAAGGCGAAGGGUCCGUACGUGGCCUCCGCCGCCACCAAAUACACCGACGGCUCCCUCGAGAACGGCGCCGUCGACUCCGCCUACGUUCCGGUCCCCACCGAAGCCGACGUCGCCGUCGAGGGAGAGGCCGAGAAGACCCCUUACGUCGCGUCCGCCACGAAGCUCACCGACGGCACCUUCGACGGCGCCGUGGACUCCGUCUAUCCCAAGGUUCCCACGGAAGCCGACGUCCCCGACGAAAACGCCAAGGGCCCUUACGUCGCGGCGUCCACCAAGUUCAGCGACGGCACCUUCGACGGACCCGAUCAGUUUGACCCCACCGGCGUCUACCCCACCGGCGGCUACGAAAAGUCUCCGGAGGAGAUCGAGACCGAGGCAGCACGCGUCGAGGCGCGCGCGUCCGAGGCUGGCGCCUACAAGAAGGCGUACGCCGCCGCGGCGAUUGAGGAGGAGGCUGUCGGCGACGAGCACACCGACGUCGCCGAGGAGGACACCGGCUACCGCGGCGGCUACGUCGCCGCGUCCACGAAGCUCACCGACGGCACCUACUCCGCCGCGCUGGGCAAGCACCACAAGUACACGGCCGCCCCCACCGUCAACCCCUACGGAGUCAAGGAUGCCGAGGAGUCCGCCGCCGCCGACGCCGAAGAGGCGCAAGAAGCGGAUGAUGAGCUCGAGUCCGAGGCUGACGCCUACAAGAAGGCUUACGCCGCGGCGGAUGCGGAGGAACAGGCCGCCGGCGAUGAACACGCCGACGCCGCGGACGACGACGGCUACCGCGGCGGCUACGUCGCCGCCUCGACCAGGCUCACUGACGGCACCUACUCCGAGUCCGCGCUGGGCAAGCACCACAAGUCCGCCGCCGCCGCCGAGGAGGACGAGGACGAGAAACCCAAGGGCUACCAGUCCUCCUACACCAUCAACCCCUACGGAGUCAAGGACCCCGAGGAGACGACCGAGCUCGACGAGAAGGAGGAGGACGUCCCGGUUGAGAAACCCCACGGCUACGUGGCAUCCUCCACCCGCCUCACCGACGGAUCGAUGCACACGACCGACGACGUCGCCGCGAUGGGCAGCCAGGGCGUCGUCGCGUCUGCGGCGGCGAGCGACGACGUCGACUGGGCCAACUUCCAACCGGAGCCCACGAACUACCACGACGAGCCCGCCGACGACGAGGAGUUGGAGCUGGUGAGGAAGCAAGAGGCGGAGCGCGCGGCGGAGUUUGAGGAUAAAGAGGAGAAGGAGCGUCUGGAGGCUGCGGAGAAGGCGAUGUCCUGGACCGCGUACCAGUCCGAGAACGGCAAGAUCGAUCACGCGCUCGAGGCUGCCGAGGAGGAGGCUGCCGACGCCGCCGUCGUCGACGACGCGGCUUCCGAGGCCGAGUCUUCCGCCGACGAGGACGCCGAAGCCGCCGCCGCCGAGGAACGGUACGAGUCUGUCGCCGCCGAGGAAGAGUCCGCCUCCGCCUCCGCCUACGCCUCCUCCUCGUCCGUCCCCUCCGAGGACGCUGAGCAGGAGAAGAAGCACGGGUACCGCGCCCCCGCGACGCACCUCACCGACGGAUCCGCGUCCGCCGCUGACCCCGCGCCCGGCGCGCCCGCACCCCACGGCUACGUGGCUGCGGCGACUCGACUCACCAACGGAUCGGGGAACAAGGCCCGCCCGCAGGACCAGCCGGGGUACGUGGCUCCCCACGGCUACGUCGCCGCGGGCGGCCGCGCCGAGGCGAACAACGUCCAGAAGGAGGCCUACGCCGUGGAUGACGCCGAGGAACAGGAGGCGCCGAGCGGCUACGUCGCCGCCGGCGGUGGACGGCUGUGA